AUGACCUCGACUUUGCUGCCUUCUCAUCAGUGGGCCGACCUCCUGCCGGAUCUCCUAGGACGGAUCAUCGCCCGCCUCCCACGCCCCGACGACCGUGCCCGCUUCCGUGCCGUGUGCCGUCCAUGGCACCUCGCCGUGCGCCAGCAUAAUCGUCCACAACUGCCGUGGAUCAUCUACUCGGAUGGCACCUUUGUCACCUUCCCCGAUCAUGGUAUUCACCAUGGCCUAUCCUUUCCCGACAACACAAGCUUCAUCGGUGUCUAUCACAGCUGGCUAGCCUUUUACCGCACCGUCGGCAAGAGACGUACCUAUCUCUUGCAUAACCCCUUCACCAAAUCAACAUUGUCACUCCCAGGCCUGGACUCUGUCAUCAACGACACCUCUCAUUGGUUUGAGGUUCGGAAGGUACUCAUGCGGUCACCCAAAGAUGAUAUCGUCGUGGUGACAACCAACAAUUGUAAUUACCCGAUCAUCUUGUGUCGCCCUGGGAAACCCGGCGCAUGGUGGCCUGGACGGGGAGAGAUGCCUUAUGCGUCUAUAUUUGAUGUCGUGUUCCACGGAGACAGCCUAUGUGGGGUCACUAAGCACAAUGAUCUUGUUGUGAUGGAUAUCGGUGAAGAUGACGACGGAACCCCCACCGUUAAAAGUGUAAAGUAUGUUAUCGAACACCCACCAGUUGAUCAUGAUGAUGAUGAUGAUGAUGAGGCAGACGAGUAUGAAAGCGAUGGACAAGUGUCUAGCAAUGAUGGUGAAGAAGAGUCGGAGUACAACGAGGCAUCAAGCAUUGAUGAGGAGGAUGAAGAGUUGGGCGAGGCAUCGCUUGCCAAUGACGACUCUGGCGGUGAUAAGGCAUCAUCAAGGAACAAAUUGGCGAACACAGACAACAACUUCAACAAGGAUGACCAUCAAGAGGUGUUGAGCAACGAGGACGAAGAAGACGUGGAUGAUUAUGAUGAAGGGUUGCAUAUUUUAGAUGAACCCGAGCCUGACAACACGAUACAAAACUCCUUAGAGUACCAGGUUCCGGACGGCACCGAGCAAAUCAGUUAUGUACCCAGAGAAGCAACGGAUGGCAUCGUGGCCAGUCGGCAUCUCUUUGAGUCAAAGGGCAAGGUACUUAUGGUAAGGCGGCAACAAUACAUGCCCGUCCUCUCUCGUGGCUACAAUAUGAAGGUUGAGGUCCUCGAAGCGGAUGUCAAAGCUGGCGUAUGGAUUCUGUUGACUGCCGGUGUGUCGGGCACAUUCUUUGUGAGCAAGCAUUACUCAAAACAUGUCUCGACGUUUGAAGAUGCAGGGAUGAAACUGAACUGUCACUUUGAAGAUGAGCACGAUGUGGGCGUCGAUUCGAAUUCUGAACUAUUUACUCCAUGGGAGGGCAAGCCGACGUGGUUCUUCCCUCAAGAGCUGGUUGUAUGA